AUGGAAGCCCUGCAGAGGCAGCAGGCAGCCAGAUUGGCCCAGGGGAUGAGGCCAUUGGCCCCUCCACGCCCACCGCCACCACAGCCUUCCUUGCCUGGCUCUGGGAUUCUGCGGGCCCUUGAGAGGGCCUCGGGGAAGGUUGGGGCUGAGAAAGAGGAGGAUGCCGGAGAGGAUGAGGAGGGGGAGGAAGCCGGAGCUGAGAAAGAGGCAGCUGAAGAGAGUCGUCCAGAAACCCGGGGGCCCAGCUCACCUUCCAGCCAGCCCCCUGGACCUCAUCCCCAUGAGUGGACCUACGAGGAACAGUUCAAGCAGCUGUACGAGCUCGAUGCAGACCCCAAGAGGAAGGAAUUUCUGGAUGACCUGUUUAGCUUCAUGCAGAAGAGGGGGACGCCGGUGAACCGCGUGCCCAUCAUGGCGAAGCAGGUGCUGGACCUGUACGCGCUGUUCCGCCUGGUGACGGCCAAGGGCGGCCUGGUGGAAGUCAUCAACCGCAAGGUGUGGCGGGAGGUCACGCGCGGCCUCAGCCUGCCCACCACCAUCACCUCCGCCGCCUUCACGCUCCCGGGAGCUGAAUUACCUAUUCUUCCAGAAGAGAGUGGAAUUCCAACCCCUCGACUGGCACUGCCCGUGGGCCUGGCCUUGGGACCUGCCCGGGAGAAGUUAGCACCAGAGGAGCCUCCAGAGAAGAGGGCUGUGCUGAUGGGGCCCAUGGACCCACCUCAACCUGGCGCACCCCCAAGUUUUCUGCCCCAUGGCAAGGUUCCCCUAAGGGAAGAGCGGCUGGAUGGGCCUCUCAAUCUGGCAGGCAGUGGUAUCAGCAGUAUCAACAUGGCCCUAGAGAUCAACGGGGUGGUCUACACAGGCAUCCUCUUUGCCCGCCGCCAGCCUGUGCCAGCUUCCCAGGGCCCAAUUAACCCUGUACCCCCAACCCCUACAGGGCCCCCUUCCGGCAUCUCACCCUGAGAGCUCCCACUUUGAAUUAAGAGUCCUAGCCCAUUGCUGGGUGGGGGGAGACACCCCCUCCACCUUGAUUCUUCCAGAGGGCCCAUUCUAGGAUCCAGAUCUGGGAGGGGACCCCCCCCCCCCCCACACACACACACAUGCCAUGUGCACUUGAAGCCAAAGGUUUUCUUUUGAUGUUACAUCUACCUCAUUGUAAAGGGAGGGUACUUCCUCUCUGGCAACUCCAGCAGCAUCUACCAAAGAGUCCUGCCCCUAGAAACCCCCAUCGUCUCCUCACUUUGUCAAUGUCAUGUCUAGGACCCUACCUCUUGGAGUCAGACCUGCCUCUUCUCUUCAGGAGCCAUAUGAAGGGUUGGAUUGGGAUGUUGUGGAGGAGAUGUCCCUCAGGUCACAUCUGGAUAAUAAAGCUGUAGUCCCUCCCUCCCCAGUGCCUCUUCUUGUUUGUAUCUGGGGGUUGGAAAAGGAAUUGUGUGGUUUACAGGCAGCGUUGGGC